GAGUCUGGAGGAACGGCCCGCCCCUGCGGCCCCAGAGGCAGUUGGGCCCUCGAGGCCCCUCGCGCGUUGGGAUCAAUGGACGGUUCCUCAAGUGCCGGGGAAGGUGGGGGGCCGAAGUGGGAGGCCCGUGGGGACGGGCGGGCCCACACCGGCGGGUGUUUUCAGCAGCCUGCCAGCAGCCAGGGCGGCGGAGCUCCGGGACCGGGCCGGCGGGACCUCCGCCUGCUUCCUGAGCUCGCGGACGCGGAGUCUGGACGCCCGCUCUUCCACAUUUCACUUCUGUCCCCGCCACACAGAUCAAACGGCAACCCGAGCACAGCCCCCGCGGGGCCCGCAGACCGCAGCUUGAGAUUACAGACAUCCUGCCAAAAUGAUUUCUUCAAAGCCCAGACUUGUCAUACCUUAUGGCCUCAAGACUCUGCUUGAAGGAGUUAGCAGAGCCAUUCUCAAAACCAAUCCGCCAAACAUCACCCAGUUUGCAGCAGUGUAUUUUAAAGAACUUAUUGUGUUUAGAGAAGGGAAUAAUUCUCUGGAUAUAAAGGAUCUGGUUAAACAGUUUCAUCAGAUUAAAGUAGAGAAGUGGUCAGAAGGAACGACACAAGAGAAGAAACCAGAAUGUGUAAAAGAACCAGAAAGAACAUCUGUAGUUUCCAAAGAACCUAGACGGAUGGAAAAGUCUACGGACACAGAGGAGGACAACAUAGCUGGACCGCUAUUUAGAAACAAAAUCACUCAGUUCCCAUCGAUUCACGCAGAGCUGCAACCUGAGCCUGAGGAGACAACUGAAGCAGUUCGUGGUCCUUCGAAACCACCCACCCCUAAAGUUACUACCCCACCCUCAUCACCAUCCCCAGCAGCUGUCUCACCAGAGUUUGCCUAUGUCCCAGCUGACCCAGCUCAGUUUGCUGCUCAGAUGUUAGGUAAAACUUCAUCUAUUCAUUCUGAUCAAUCUGACAUUUUAAUGGUGGAUGUGGCAACAAGUAUGCCUGUUUUGUCCGAGGAGAGGCUGAGCUUAGAGGCUGCUGAAGAUAUUGUGGUGGCCUCUCCUGUUGUGUAUUCUGGAGAGAUGGUAGCAAUGCGGGUUCAGAGCCAAGAAACUGUCCAUGUAGAUUUGCAUUCUAAAGACCAGGCUGAACCAUCAACGGCUUCCUCAUUCCCCUUGCAGGAUGAACAAGAACCUCCUGCUUAUGAUCAAGCUCCUAAGGUCUCUUUGCAGGCUGAUAUUGAGGUUACAUCAAUCCUUCAUAUAUCAUCUAUCUAUAAAGAUCAGCCUGUGACUGCAGGAGUUACUUAUGUUGAGCAAAUACCAGAACAAAUAGUUAUCCCUUUUACUGAUCACGUUGCUUGGCUUAAAGAAAAUGAGCAGUCACCACCAGUUAGUUCCGUAUCUGUAGGAGGCAAGAGAGCCUCAGGCAUAUCUGAAAAAUCUUUAGGUUCUGCAAAACCUGCACAGUUGGAGGAGAAUGCCAAAUAUGAUUCCUCAGUACAUAUGGAGGCAGAAGCAACAGUUCUGCUCUCUGACACCUCUUUCAAGGGUCAGCCUGCACAAUCCCUGGAUGCAGAGGGCUCUACCAAAGCAGGAGGCUCUGAAAAAUCUCUACACCUUGAAGUGGAGAUCAUUGCAGUAGUCCCUGGCAAUCCUGGAGAGGAAAACUCUGCAUCCCAGGAGACGAAGGUCAAACCUGUGCUCUCUGGGGAAGAUGCAGAAGCAGUACACUCAGAUGCAUCUGUAAGAUCAUCUGGUGGCCCCUACCCUCCUGUUCCAGAAGGUUUUACUGAAUCAGACAUUGAACCAGAAUGAGGAGCAGCACCUGAACAAGGUUUGAUGGAGCCAGAUGCCAAAAAAUGAUGCUGUUUGAGUCGAUGAUCAAGGUGGAGUCUGCCAUCAAGCGUAAUAUAUCAAUAAACUUCAUGCAAGCAUAAAACCUGGUAUUCUUAUUUUGUAAUUUAAGAGGUAUACAACCAAACACAAAAGGCCUUAAAUCUUUUCAGACUUGUAUCACAGUAGCAUUUUCCAAUUCGUACGUAUACAGUGUAAAAAAACUUUAACCGUUCCUACUCUAGCAGAUCUAGUCACAAGUUUUCUGGCCAGGUGCUGCCACUUGAUCAUUCUGUGUCUGGCAUUCACACCAAGUGAACACAGCAGCACUUCACUAUACUGCUGUACUACCCAGAGAAUACUGAGUGCUAACGGCCUACUUAGCACUGGGCACCC